AUGUCCAACGUUAAAGUAGAAAUCCAUCAAACUUUGCAAAACUCAACAACCACUCUAGUGGAAAUGACAAACUCAUUUGCUACCACCACAGAGGAGGACAAAUUCUUAGCCCAAUAUAUGGCUCAAUUGAAGGCAGACCCCAAAAUCGCCGAACUACCACAUGAUCAAGCACACCCACAAAUUUCUAAAGCUCUACAAGAAAGAGUCCGUUCCGUUAACGAGGACACUUGCGACCCCGGUGAGGAGAAUUCCUUCUUCGUUUGUGACUUGAAUGAAAUUCGCAACUUGCACAAGAAUUGGCAAAAGGAGCUGCCCAGAAUCCAACCUUAUUACGCGGUCAAAUGUAACCCAAAUCCAUUGAUCCUAAGAUUGUUGGCUGAUAUGGGUGUUAAUUUUGAUUGUGCUUCCAAGUUGGAAAUUGAAACCAUUUUGAAAUUGGGAGUGUCUCCAGAAAGAAUCAUUUAUGCUAAUCCUUGUAAGGUUUCAUCUUUUAUUAGAUUCGCUGCUAAGCAAGAGGUGAAGAAAUCCACUUUUGAUAACGUGGAGGAAUUAUACAAGAUUAAAAAAUUUCAUCCUGAAUCUGAAUUGUUCUUAAGAAUUGCCACCGAUGAUUCCACUGCUCAAUGUAGGUUGUCUACUAAAUAUGGCUGUGAUUUGGAGAAUGUGGAUGAAUUGUUAGCUAAAGUUAAAGAAUUGGAUUUGAACUUGGUCGGUGUCUCCUUCCAUGUUGGAUCAGGUGCAUCCGAUUUUAGCAGCUUAUAUAAGGCAGUAAAGGACGCUAAAUUUGUCUUUAACAAAGUUGUGGAUGAAUACCAGUUGCCAAAAUUGAAAAUCUUGGAUGUUGGUGGGGGGUUCCAAUUUGAAACAUUUGCUGAAUCCAGUGCAGUGCUAAGAAUGGCAUUGGAUGAAUUUUUUCCUGAAGGAUGUGGAGUGGAUUUAAUUGCUGAACCAGGUAGAUAUUUCGUUGCAACUGCCUUCACUCUAGCAGCUCAUGUUAUCGCCAAGAGAACGGUCAACAAUAAUAAGGAAGAAUGUAUGCUCUACAUUAACGAUGGUGUCUACGGAAAUAUGAAUUGUAUUCUGUUCGAUCACCAAGAACCAAACCCAAGAGUCCUAUACCAUGAUAACAAAUUUCAUUAUGAAGAUUUCCACUCAUCCAGUCCCAAGCCAGAGUGUCCAUACAAGGUGUCUAUGUGGGGGCCAACUUGUGAUGGAUUAGACUGUAUUACCAAGGAAUACUAUUUGAAGUACGAUUUAGUAGUGGGAGAUUGGUUAUACUUCCCAAACUUGGGUGCGUACACUUCAUCUGCCGCCACUCCAUUCAACGGAUUUGAUCAAACUGCUGAUAUCAUUUACAUUAAUAAGGAAGAACCUCUUUGA